GUGACUGUCACUAGGUAGUAGUCUCUUCAACAAGUCUUACAGUUCUCUAAACAAUUUUGCGGUAUUUCGGAGGAAAAAAGAUGGUAAGCAGUAACCUAGCAUGUUAAAGUUAAUUUCAUCACUCCCUGUAGCAGGUGACUUGAUAGAGCCGAAGCAGUUCAGGUGUUGUAUCCCAAAAUGCCAGACAAGAUCUACCAUAGACAAUUUCCUCAAUUUUCCUCUGGAUUACCAGCUUAGGCAGCUUUGGAUUUCAUCUAUACCCAACUUUGAUGACGUAGUGGACCAUGAGACCCUUAUAUGUACCAAACAUUUCGAUAAAAGUUUGCUGAGACUCGAGAAAAACCGUUAUCUCUCUAACUACCCACCAGUUAUAUUUCCAUCGAAGUCUGAACCCAACACCAAGAAAAAGUUGAAAAACGAUGACUUCUAUCCAUUUUACAUGUUUCAUUUGCAAGACAGAGACGAAUAUCCACUAACCGUCGGUUGCACCAAAAUGAAAAUUGACGAUUUCAUAUUCAAUUUUUGGGAGAUCAAAGCAUACUACGCCGAGAAGUUGGGAUAUCUGAUGGAUUACUGGCAGGUUCAACUUUCCAUUCGUGAAGUAUUUUUCUAUAAGUUGAACACGGAAGACGUUGGGAAAAUCAAGGGCAGCAUCAAAAUCAAGGACACGAUGCAUUUAGAAGUCGUGCUUAGCGGUAGAACCAUGGACGCUUUCGAUCUCACUUGGGCUGUUCCACCAACAUUGUUGAUUACCAGAUGGUCACAACUAAAAAUGCUCCUAUAUGAAUUUGGCGUUGUGGAUGGUAGAAAAAUGGAGGACGGUUUGCCUACAAUCCUUCUCUAAUGAUGUUUUUAAUAAAAUAUGAAGUGUAGCAAUAUCAGUGUUAGUCAGUGCUAUAUUUAUUUGAUGUAUUUGUCAUGAUCCUAUAAAUAAAAAAAAUGUUUGAC